GCAUGUUUAUGUAUGUGUGAGUGUGUGAAUACCUGAGAAAGUUGUGUGAGUGUGGAAAUACUCAACACUGUGUGUUCAAUUGUCCAUCCCCUGGCUGGGCAGCCCUGCGUUUCAUUCCUGAUUGCUCGGAUCCGUUCCUUCAUCAGCAGGACUGAGGAAAGUUAUCUAAAACAGAGGAGAAGAACAUUACGGAUUAUUAAAGACACCAAAGGAAUAGUGGUCAAGAUGUUGAUCACCAUGCUAACAGCCAUGUAUAUGGUGGUCAAAGUCGUAGAAUCGAUAGGGGCGCGGUUCGCACGACAAGAUGAGCCUUUGCCUUACAUGGUGUCCCAGCCUUUGCCUUGGCAGAUUCACUCAGUGUCACACAGUCGGAGGAGCAGCAAAGCAGAUGAGUUUGAUGGCUUCAGGAGGAACAGCAUAGGUGUCUAUAGAAAGAACUUUGCCUCCGCUGCUAUUGCCUCAGUCUCUCUGGCUAUCCCCUGUGUCCUGUCGUGCUCAGACUCCAACGCCAGCAAUGGGACGUGCACCAUGCUCCCCGUUCCCCCCCUCAGCCCUGUUCCCCCGCUCAGCCCUGUUGAAGAAGUUGAGAAGGCCGCCGCCACCAUCCAGACCCACUUCAGGAAGUUCCAACAGAAGAAGCACAAGAACGGCAAGUAGACGGACAAAAGAGGGAUGCAUGGUGGUACCGGGAAGACAACAGGAAGCAGGUGGGACGCACGUGGAUUCACCAAACGAUGGAUGAACUCUGUGAUGACAGAAAUGCACAAUUAUGUUCACUCAUAUUCAAAUGUACAUACAUUAAAACUGGAUUAGUGACAGAGUCUAAACAAUAAUAUAAAAGUAAUAGCUUACAUCUCAAACAGGUUGUUUAUGUGAAUAAUAUUUUAUUUAUAUUAUAAUACACUGCGUCUGAAUGAAUGUUAGUUUUGAUGUGCUGUGAUGACAGAGUGACUGUGAGUGCGUGAGAGACUGUGAAUAUGCUGUAAAUAUAUAUAUAUAACCAGUGUUUUUGAGUAUAUAAAUAUGGACAAAAUAAUAAUCAAAUAAUUUGUCAACAUUGUGGAUCUCUCAAAAACAAACAUGUUAACAUUUUACCAUUUCAAUAAAGUCCUCUGUAAACCUCUGCUGUGUUUCAUUGCAGCAUGGUGCCCUCUAGUGUUUCAAUCAGGUUUUGAAUCAUGUUAUGGCUCAUCCAUAAUGCAACAGUAGCUUUAAAAGCCCACAUGCAGAUAAGACAUUAAAUAAAAUAACCACAUAAAUAAAUACAAUUAUGAAUUGAUUUAAAUAUUAAAAUGUAAGUUUUAAAAAUGUAUUGGAUUAUUUUACAAUUUUGGUUAUGAUUUGUCUGAUAUGCAUUCAUGUCAUUAUUUAUUUAAUGUCUUGUGUAUUUGUUUGAUUUUAGUGACUUGAAGGUAAGACAAUUGACUGAUUUUUUACAUACAUUAAAUAUUUUUUUGUCCACAAGUAGCUAACUGAAAUUGUUGCAUUUUGUUGGAUUUUUUUCAAACAGGCACCAUGAAGGGCUAAAAGGUU